AAUUAAUUUUAGCUUAUAAUUAACAACCAUAAGAACAUAUUAUCUGUAAGGCAAUAUUAGGUUUUUUAUUAUAUUAACUAAAUAUGUUAUUUUUGUCAAUUUUAAAUUUUUCAUUAUCUUGUUUGUAAGGGUAUUUCCGUAAUUAACAAAAUCAAGCAAAAAACAAAUCUUUUCCACAGUAUGUCAAGAUUCUUUCGUUUAGAUUCCUCAAACAUUAUUGGUUAUUGAUAUUUCGUGACCUUCGAUUUAUAUAGAAUCAAUUGAUUCUGUUCGAUUUUCAUAUAUAUAACAAGUUUUUAUGCAAUCGUUACCUGAAGAAUCAUCGUCUUCUAAGUUGGAUCCGAUGUCUGUUCAAAGCGUAUCAAGAACAGAUGAAUUGAAUGUUCAAUCUUUAGCUCAAUCUGAUUACGAUAUUUCAACGGAAAGUGAAUCAGAAGCAGGUCAAGAUAGAUUUUGUGAAUUUUUCUCUCCUGGUGGAGCUCGUAAAAUAUGGAUUCUUGAGGAUGUUGAUGAUGUUAAACCAAAGUUGUUUAGCAAAUAUCUAAGUAUUGAAGAUGCAAUGGAUAUGUAUAGGGUUUUUGCUGCUAAAGCUGGUUUUGAUGUAAGAAAAGGUUCUACAAAGAUAAACACUAAGUCACGUGUUCUUACUCAUCGAUUUAUGCUGUGCAAUAGAGAGGGAUUUCCUCAAAGUGUGUAUGUGGACACAACUGAUUCUAAAAAUAAUAAACCUCACAGAAAUUCAAAUAUUAAAAGGAAAGGAUGUCCAGCUUUUGCAAAAUUUAGAAGAGUAGGAAAUUCGGAUGUUUUUGAGCUAUACAAAUUUGAAGAAAGACAUAAUCAUGAUUUGGUUGCAAAAGAUUAUAGGCAUUUCUUGAGGUCUAAUAGGCAAUUGGACAACACUGCUCAAGAAUUCAUUGAAAAGAAGGGAAGGGUAAAAAUUGGUCCAAUGAAAGCAUACAAAUUAAUGCAAGAGCUAAAAGGGGCAAACACUGUUGGAGGGACUGUUGUUGACUACAAGAUUCAGUCUAGAAAAGUGAAUUGUUUUAUUGAAAAGGACGAUGCACAAAUGGUAUGUGCUGAACUUGCUGAUGAUAUGAAAUUUAAGAAACGUUUCAAUAAGCUGAUUUGGAAUUCUGGGAUAGAUGCUUCUGAGUUUGAUAUUAGAUGGAGAAGUUUUAUUGAAGAUUAUAAGCUCCAAGAGAUAUCAUGGUUUUCAAAAGUGUUUCAUAUGAGAGAAAGUUGGAUUCCAGCAUAUUUUAGAGACAUGCCAUUAUCUGGUUUAAUGAGGACCACUUCUAGGUUAGAAAGCAUGAAUUCUGCAUUCAACAAAACUUCUCACUAG